CUUGUGUGUAUUGCAGUUGCGGUCAAAAGAUGGAUUUGUUUAUGGAGAAUUUAUAAAUAGUAUCCUUUCAUCACCACCCCUAAGCCAUUAUUCACCCAUUUUUAAAUGUAGGUUAUUUCUAAAAGUGUAACAAAUCGCAUUCCUGAACCAAAGUACUUAACAAUGGACAAUGCCAAAAAAGACCAAACUACGGAAGACAGAAGACUGUGGAUUGGAAACCUUGAUCCUAGAGUCACCGAGUAUCACCUUCUGAAACUUGUGCAAAAACAUGGUGCCAUUGAAAAGUUUGAUUUGUUGUUUCAUCGAACUGGACCUUUAGCGGGACAGCCAAGGGGUUAUGCGUUUGUUACUUAUGUCAAUAAAGAAGAUGCUGUUCGAGCAAAAGAUGUACUAAAUAAUGUUUUAGUAGGCCAAAGAAAAAUUGUGGUAACUUGGGCACACAGUGUGAACAAUGAAGAAAUUGAAAAACCUAAGCCUGAGAUAAAUAUUCCAGCAUUAGCCAUGUCUAAAAGUGAAAAGAAGACAGACAGAGAAUCUCAGAUUCAAGCCAUAGAAGCCAAGUUGAAACUAAUGGAGAAAAAAGCCGAGGAUGAACUCAAAAUCAAUGACACUGUUGCAACAAAACCACCAGUUAUAACACAGUUUCAGUACAAUAAACAAGCAGUUACCAAUAAUAGUCUGAAAACCAAAUCACUUUUAAAACGACACGAUAAAUAUGCUAAGCCUUACAGUAAACAAAAGAAUAGUAGGUAAUAAAGGAACUGAAAACUGAAUCUCAGGAACAAGUUGAUUUUUAGCCAUUUUAAAUUUAUUUAUUAGGUUUUCGUAUGUAAAUGAUGUCAAUUUUUAAUUGUCUUAAUUUAUCUCUUAAUUUCUCUUAAAUUUUAAUGUGUAUACAUUCAAGAAUAUUAUUAUUCUGUCCAAGUAUUAAACCAACUAACUGUAUUAGGCAUUAAGUAAUUUAUUAUUUUAAAAUAAAAAUCAAGUAUAGUUUUCAAAUACAGAUCUCACAAACUUA